CGGUACUUGAUCCCAUUGGAUGAAAACCGGGAGUCCGAUGGGCUUUUUGGUGGCUUGAUCCUUUUUGUUUCUGAAUUGCCACGUUAGGAUUUGAUCAACUUCCUUAACACCGAUUUCAGCUCACGGUGAAUCGCGAGGGUGAAGCAGUGGGUUGAUAUACAGGGCUUUUUUUGCACGUUUGUAUAUUUUAAGCAAUUUGCACAAGGACCCACACGCCUCCCGUAUCACCUUGCCGCCGGUGUGGAGUCGUGGGUUGUCCGCUUUUCCAGACUGAAGCGGAGGAGUCGAAACCAGGCGCUUUUAAAAUCAUCUGAAGGGCAGUUAUUGAGUUAUCCCUGGGUUCAGUGUAUGAACAGCACUGAAUCCAGCGAGCUUAUCAAGCAGCAACAGAUCGUCGGGUAAUAUUGGCAAUGAAACCUGAUGGGGCGGCCACAGCACCAUCUGAACCAAUGGAAGCCGAUGGAACAGAACCCAUAACCGAACCAACCGGGAAUGACGGGGCAUCUCAAAAUGGCACUACACCAUCACCCCCACAACCUGAUGCACCCCAAAAUGAGCAAGCAGCUCCUCCAACUGUAAAGGAAGCUUCUGAGAAAGCAGUAGAUGCUAAAAGCAAAUCCAAAGGCCCAGUCAAAGGCAAGAUUGUUGCAGGUCCAGCUACCACUGGACCUGUCACACGACCCAAAGCAACCCAAAGCCGUGUGGCUAAUGGCCUCACAAAGACUGCAUCGAGUACCACAACCAAGAAACCCAUUCCAGUUAGCACUGCUGCAGCAGACAAGAAGAAACCCACCACUACCGUUGGACUUUCUGGUCCAAGUAAGAAACCCGUUGGUUCUUCUACUGCCAUUGCAACUUCAAGGGCCCAACCUAAAGCAGCAACUGUUGGAACUAGCAGAUCAACGACAACCGCCGUAGCCAGUGGAACAAAGACAGGACUGGCUGCCAGCACAGCCACCAGCCUGAGUAAGAGGCCUGCCACAGCUGCCACUAGUGCUACAACCAAACCCAAAACCACAGCUCCUGCUCCAAGGCCAGCUGCUGCCCCUGCUGCCAAACCCAGCACUUCAGCCAUAGCCAAAACCACUGCAGCUCCCAAAACUAACAGGGCAACUGGAAUUUCUGCCCCACGACCAGCUGCUACUUCAGCUACAGGAAGAACAGUAACCGGUUCAACAACGUUGUCUUCUGCUGUUCCUAGAACAAGCCGCACUGCUACACAACAGCCUGUUAAACCCCUGGUUACAGCAUCAGCUGCUCGGAAAGAUGUUGGAAAAACAAUCACUACAGCACCUGUGAAAAAAACAGUUGCCUCAACAAUAUCCCGUCCUGCUGCCAGCAAGUCUUCAAAUUCAGAAGCUCCAAAACCAGUUUCCGCUACCAAACGACCUCCAACUAGCAUCAAAGCACCUCAACCCAAACCAGAUGACAAAAAAAGUGUACCAACACGUAAGGUGCCUCCUGGUCCACGAAACAAUCCUUCACAGUCAGCAUCAGGCAAGAACAUUGCAGCAUCUCCCGGUCACAAACAAGCAGGUAGCAUAGUCGGUGUGAAGCUUCAGCCACCUAAACCGACACAGUCUGUUUUGCCACUUGUCAAAGUUAAGCCUGAUGAUAAAGAACCUGCAGCAGAGCCUGUACAACUUUCGACAGCUGCAGUAGCUACUGUUGCUGUAGCAGCAGCUGCAGCCAUAGCCAGGGAAGAGUCUGUUUCAGAGCCUGAAGCUACUCCAACUGUAGAGAUCUCUCUGGAUGUUCCAGCCUCUUCUUUAGAUGUUCAGGAAAAGGUAGAUGUGCAGGUCACUAAUGUCAGCUCCCAAUGUGUGCUGGAUAUAUCUAACACGGAGCCAGAGGCUCAAGAGGCCUUAAUAGAAGCUGAUUCUGUUGAAGUGGCUUGUCCGACAUUGACUGUAGUCGAGCAGGAAUCUGAAGGACAGGUGUCUGGAAAAGAUGAUGAAAAGCUUAUUGCGGUUGUGGCACCAGUUGCACAGGAAGCACCUGAGCAGGAAACCUUAACUGCUUCACAGUUUGAUAACUCUGCUGCUGCCAUAGUGUCCACUGGUGUAGAGGUGGCUGAAAAAGCUGAACGGAUUAACAGUGACCGUUAUGAAGAUGUGGAAGAAGAAGAGAGGGAAGGCAGUCAACAAGUGUCUUUGUCAGAAAUGAGUGGCACCCAGCCUACUGAAGGAUCUCGUCCUGGGUCAGCUGGGCUUGCUGGGUCCGUUUGGCGUGCAGGGGCCUUGCUCUCUGAGCUUGACUCUGAGGAUGUGAGUUGCAGCCAGCAGGGAGCAUCAGAGUUAAGUGCUCCAGGCGUUCUGGAGGGCACGGAGAGCAUGGAUGAUCUAGGGGAUGCAAGCCUUAAAGGAGCUGAUGGUGAAUAUGCAUCAGUUGGGUCCCCUGACUUUGAGAAGGUUUCUGAUAUUCUUACUAAUGAAGAUGAAGAUGACGACGAUGAUGAUGAUCGAAUCUGUGACAUGGAGGUUGGGUCGGAAAGAGCAGAGGACUCUCAUAGGCAGCAUCAUGACAACGAGGAUGAUGAAGAAGAUGAAGAUGUAGAGAUGGCAAGCGAGGGCAUUACUGAGAGUGGGCUUGAAAGUUAUGGGAAUGCAGAUGAAGAUGACUUGACCGAAGACUAUAGAUUAGACAACUUGAACCGAAGCCAGCCUUCACCCAUGGUUCCUUCUGCCCCUCUUGCAACCCAGUGGAACCAGCCUAGUUGCUUUGCUGAUGCCUUGGCCCAGCCACCACAUCCUGCCUCUACACUUCUUUCAAGUCCUUCCUCUGAAUGUUGGCAAGCAGACCCAGAAACCCCAACACAGACACCUGCUCAAACCAGAUUUGAUGUUAGCUCUGAAAGGGGCUCUCCAUCAAACCUUUUGGAGCCUCCACCUUGCACACCUCAACAAGCCCCAAUAUCUGCUGCAGAGGGGAAUGUUAGCCCCAAACCAGGUUUGACACCCUUUCAAACCUGCAAGUUCCAGUCUGAGACUUCCAGUGACCCUGACCUAGCAUCUGACAGUAACAGGGACACAAAUAUACCAGAAGAGGUGAAAGACAACAACUUUUCGGGUACUGAGACUCAUUCUAAAGUGGAGCUCCAGCCCGAACCACUACACCCUGUUCCCACUGUCUUGCCAGACAUCAUGCAGGAUCUAGGCAUCCACCUUGAAUGUGCUGAUGAGGAAGAAGAACCUGAAACUCUGCCAGCUGAUGAUGUACUGGGUGGUUCAGCAACUGCUCCAUCUCCUUCAUCAGCUACUGAGGAUGAGGAAAGUGGCACAGAAGGUGAAAUGCAGAUCAGUGACCCUCAAGCUGAGCUAUUUGGCACUGGGAAUGCCUAUGGAACGGCACCUGUGGGCCACAAUUUGUCCGCUCUAGAGGAAUGUGAAGAAAUGGGUGGGGAGAAUGAAGGUGGUGGUGGUGGUGGUAGUGAGACCCCUCAGUCUGCCACUUCUGCUGCUUCCUAUGGAUUUGACUACAUGACCUCUAACUCCAAUGCCCAGUCAUCUGCCGAGAGUUGCAGCAAGAGUCCUGGCAUCUUUUCUCUAGAAAAUGAAGAGCAGCUCCCAGAUGAGGCCAAGGAUCCAUCUCUUCUUAAAGAGUUGACCCUGAUACCUGCUACUGCACCUGGGGAAAAGAUUGACCCUAUUAAAAGCCAACAUGGAGAGUUCCAGUCUCACCCAGAGCAGCAGUACAUGCUGUGUGGAGAGUCCAGUGAGCUGCCUGAGCCUGAUUCAGUACCGGGAGCUGUUCCCUUAGAGUCUGGCUUGAUUAAUCCUUCAUCCCCACAGCACCUGGAAGAGGAACAAGAUCUUGACAUUCAGCAUCCCUACUACUCCACUAUAUGUGAAAAAACUGAUAGUCCCCUGGCAGAAAGAAACUCCCACUUUCCACCACAACCAAAUGACUUGCUUUCCAUCCAAAUGACGAUGUCAUCCAAACUUCGUCUCCGACCACGUGCUCCCUAUGUGACCCAACCACCACGGCUUCCCACUGACCUCCCUCCCAGAACACCAAAUGUGGUGUCAAACACACAGCUCCGAUGUCUAGAGCAACACCAACAGCACCUUCAUGAGAUCCAGCAACGACAGGAGAAACGUAAUCGAGAAGACGCAAAAGAGGAGAAACAAGCAAAGAAUGAGAGAGAGCAGCAGGAGGAAGAACAGAGGAGAAAUUUACUUGAGUUGCAACUUAAGCAGCAAGAGCAAGAACUGAAGCAGCGACAGCAGAUCAUGCAGUGGCAACAAGAACUUGAACAGCAGCAAAAACACAAGGUCCAUACACCAGUUGACCUCUCUCCUUCAUCAGGUCUCACCACCAUCUAUGAAACUGUGGAAACGAGUGACUCCGAAGACGAAAAGGACGAGGGACAAGGAGUGGUUGAGGAAGUAAAAGAUAGAAGCUCCUUUAAUGUGUGCCCUGGAGAAGACUUGCAAAGAUGCACUGAAGAAAAUGACUCUGCUGAUCUUUAUUCACAAUGCACAACACCUUCCCCAGAGUCUAUUAUUCAGGGUCCACAGAGAGAACUCCAGGAGACAGACCCUGCAGCAGACCAAGACAGUCCUUCUCCCUUGGGAUCUCCUGAACGGCCUCCACCUCUGGAGUUUGACUGGGGCAGGAAGGUGGACAUUGUCCAGCAGCUCAUCAAUCAGACAUUACUGCUUGCAGGUGAUGGUUGCUCGCCCCUUCUUCUGCUACCCGGAGGAGCAGGUGGGACACUCAGCCCCCUCGAAAGCAGCCUGUGGCCCAACUUGUUGCCACCUCUGACACCCCCUUCAGCCAUUGUGACGUCUGUGAGCAGCUUCUCACCUGAGGCUCCAGGAAGCUCUGCUCAGGGUGAGUGGACCGUUGUAGAGCUGGAGACACAUCACUGAGGAAAGUUGAAUAAAAUGCCUGCCAAAUAUGAACUUUUGGGCUCAAAAGACUUAAGAUUAAGGUCCACCAGUAGGGAAGCGCAUGUUGUAGCAUUAGGUAAUAGAGCAUUCUUUUGAUAAAAUCUUACUUCGAGAUGUAGUCAUGGAUAUGACUGGUUCAUCCAUUUUUCUUCUGCAGUACUUCAGCAAGUGUUGGAGUAGAAAAUUGUGUGAACCUGAAACUGAUACUGCAGAACAGUGUGCUGGACUAUCACCAUCUCAUUCUUUGAUUUUUCUUCAUCCUGAGAGUUAUUCUAGUGCUGCGAGCAUUCAUUUCCACUCCCCACCCAUCCAAAAGCAAUGGAACACUAUAGUCCAUACUUUUAUGCCACUGAUACAGCCUUCCUGCCAAAUUGGUCAGCCAUAUCUGACCUGCCAUCAUGUCAAAAGGCCAUUUCCGUAAGGUUUAAUGUCUUGCUGGCUUGAAAUACAUACAUUUAUCUCUUAGUCAUUGUUGAGCUCUCUACCCACAAUGGAGGCAAGAUGCCAACUCAAUGAGCAUGUUAAAACAAAAUGGGCUCCUUUCUCUGACUUCUCUGAGCAGAAGAUCUGUAAAAAAGAUAAAGACUUGAGAUAAAUUGAAACAUGCCGGUUUAGAAGUCAGAUCAAGCAGGCAUUUUUUUUCUUGCACUAUGCUGAUUACAAAAAACAAACUGGUUUAAUUUGGCUCAUGUGCAAUUUAAUAGCACAAAAUGCUGUUAUUGAACAGCCCAUUGCUUGUGCAUUCUGCUGUUUGACACAAGAUUUGCAGGAUUAACUACAGAGUGAAGUAGAGUAUUUUGAAGUAAAUGCUGAUUCGACAACUGUAGUUGUUCCAAAUGAAAUGUUUAAUUCAUUGAGUAAUUGUGAUAACUGUAAAAUAGACAAUAUUACAAAUUUUCCAAAGCAUGCACAGCUAUCCAAAAUUUUAAACUGAUUUGGUUAAGACCUUUUUUUUAAUAAUCCUUAUCAUAAAGAAGCUUG